AUGGUCGCGCUCUCCAACAUCUACGAGCCGCUCCUCGACCAAGGCUACCUGCCCGACUUUAUCACCCGCAGAGGUAUCAGACACCUCCUGGGCCGCAAGGUUGCGCAAGUAUCCGCUGUUACACCUGCUGAGAAGGAAGAAUACAUCAAGUCCUUGAAGGAAAAGGAAGCGAUUGCGAUAAACACGAAAGAAGCGAACGAGCAGCACUAUGAGGUGCCUUCGGAGUUUUUUACUAUGUGUUUGGGCAAGAACUUGAAGUAUAGUUGUUGUCUGUUUGAGGAUGGAGCCACAACGUUGGAUGAGGCAGAGGACAAGAUGUUGGAACUGUACAUUGCACGCGCCGGGAUGGAAGAUGGGAUGUCUGUCCUCGAUGUCGGCUGUGGUUGGGGAAGCUUGUCUCUGUUCCUCGCAAAGCGCUUCCCAAACUCGAAAAUCACGGGCGUGUCCAAUUCAGCCAGUCAACGCGAAUGGAUCAUGAAGAUGGCCGCUGAGCGAGGGUUGACCAACGUCGAGAUCUUGACUGCUGACAUGAACACCUUCGAGAUGGACAGGACCUUCGACCGAAUCUUCUCCAUCGAAAUGUUCGAACACAUGAAAAACUACUCCGCCCUCCUCCGCAAAAUCUCCCACUGGAUCACCCCCACCACAGGCCGUCUCUUCGUCCACGUCUUUGCACACCACUCCACCCCCUACGACUUCAAAACCCAAGAUGACAACUCCUGGAUGGCAAAGUACUUCUUCACGGGCGGGACCAUGCCGUGCGAGGAUCUGUUUACGUAUUUCCAGGAGGAUGUGGAGGUUGUGGAGCGGUGGACGGUGAAUGGGAGGAAUUAUGCGAGGACGAGUGAGGAGUGGUUGAAGCUUUUGGAUGGGAAUAGGGAGAGGGCGAUGAAGGUUCUCGAGGGGGGUUAUGGGAGUGCGCAGGCGGCGAGGAUGUGGUUUAAUCGGUGGAGGGUGUUUUACCUUGCUGUUGCGGAAACGUUCGGCUACAACGACGGGAAUGAAUGGCCCGUCGUGCACUACCUGUUCAAACGCAGAGAGUAG